UGUUGUCCUGUUCCCUACCAGUCCCGGGGAUCUAGUUGGGAAGGCUAGUGGGCUUGGCCUCGUAGGAGUCUGACAGGGGCGUCCUCAGGUAGGUCACACGAGGCAGGCAUGAGGUGGGAAUUGAAACCUCCCUGAGCCAACUUGGUAGGUAGGGCAGCAGGAUGGGGGCAGAACCACAAAUGUGAAGCUUCUUUAGUUGUCUGGUCCCCGAGGGCUCCUCAGCUAUGACGCUGAGGAAGUGGGAUGAGCUGGGGCAGAAGCUAGCUGAGGACAAAGGGAAGGAAGCUCUCUGCUGGGGACUUGUACAAGAGCAGGUGACCAGCCACCUGAAAAAGGGAAGUGUGGUGGGCGUGAGGACCCCAUGAGAGCAGCCUUUCAUGGAACAUGUUCCAUUUCCUGUGUCCCGUCUCAAGGGGGACCUUAUUGCCUCAUACUUCAAGGUAGCUGCUUAUACUGCAGCCAUCAUGCCUGAAUUCCAGCGUCUGGAAAAGGAAAAGGAAAUUGCCUAAGGGAACAUCUUCCUCUGGACAGAUGCUGAUGGGUGUGCAGGGGGAGAGGGGUUGUGUUCCCUGCACACUGAUAACCCAUGUUCCAGUGUUCGUUUGCUCAAUUAGUUAUCCAUUUCUUUUGUUUUCUGAGACAGGACUUCAUGUAGCCCAGGCUGGCCUUCAUUGCCUGAACUGUCUCUGUUUUCUGAGUGGUAGAAUGGCAGAGAUGUACCACCCCACCCUUGUGGGCCAGGACAUUGUUUUUUUCCCACACUCCCUUGGGGCUGUCCCUACUGCUCCCCACAGAAACCACCAGUCUUGGUCCUGCCUGUCCCCAGGGGGCAGGAGGACGCAGGUGCAGACAGGAGGGGUUGGAGGGUGGUGCAGAACGCAGUGCUCUCCUGGCACUUGGGCCACUUAGCUGCCACCCCGCACCCUGAGCAGAGGGACCCAGGAUAACUGCAUAGCGGCAGAAUGGGGGCACGGCCCUCCAGCCCCCUGAGCAAACGACAGCAGCAGCAGCUGAGGGGAGGCCUGCCUGCAUGGACACUGGGACUGAACUGGACUUACCUCAUGGGAGGAAGACGCCAAGGUCAAAUGGAUGGCCUGCUGAGGACCUUCUUGCCCUGUUACCGAAGGCAGCUGGCUGCAGCGGUGGUCAAGCACAUCGCUCAGGAGUUGGGACCCAAGGAGCCAGCCAGGUGUCAGCUGUCCCACACCAAAAAGCUGCCUCGAAUCCGGGAGCACCAAGGACCUUUGACCCUGCUGUGGGGCCACCCGCCACAGUGGCAACCCACUUUCUGUGUUCUGCGUGGAGAUGGAUGUCUGGAAUGGUUCAGCCACAAGGAGGAGUUUGAGGCUGGGGCCCGUCCUCUGGGCUCUGCAGUCCUGACUGGGUAUACGCUGCUCACUUCCCAGCGUGAUUACCUCUGCCUUUUGGAUGACCUCUGCCCCAACUCCUCCGGAGACCUCGUCCAGGAGGAAUCAUUGCAGCUACUAGAGGAGCCGGUGAGGUUCGUUCUCUUCCUUGUGCACCCCUUCCGGGCUCACCUCUGCUUCUGCGCGGGCACUCGGGGGGCGCAGCGCGCCUGGAGGCUCAGCUUGCAGGGUGCCAUCCGUCUGAGGGCCACCGUUCUGCAGCGCAGCAAGGCGCCCGCGGCCUGUGCCUUCUUGGACGCCGUGAGGCUCUACCGAGGACACCGAGGCUAUUCAGGCUAUUCCAGUGGUGACAGUGAGAUGCUGGGUUCCGAUGCGGAGGUGCUGAGCGCCGAGUUGAUGCGGCAACUGUUGCCCACGCUGCGUCCACAGACGCUCCGAAGUCUGCGAGGUGCGGGACGAAUCCGAGCCCGGGCCUGCUCAGAGUUCCUCGACGCUGUGCACACGGCCGUCCUGGCCUGGGCAUCCGCCGGGCUGCGAGCCUUCCAGCCAGAAAAGGACGCGCUGCUGGCCGCACUGGAAAGGACGGUGCGUGCGGACCUCGAGCAGAUCCUGCAGCAGCGAGCGCAGAGGGCGGGGAGAAUAGAAGCCGAGAUCCGGGACGCGCUGGAGGUGUGCCUGUGCCGUGCGGUGAACCCGCAGCUGCCCCAGCUCACCGUGGCCCUGCUGAGUCCUGUGGAAGCCAUGCUUGGAGCUGUUCAGACCCUCCUCAUCCGGGGGAUGGACCGGCUGUUUAGCCACCUGCGCAAGAAUCCUUCUGGGCCUGGGCUGCGCAGGGAGGUUUAUGAAUUUGGGGAGAUACCAUGGGACCCAGAGCUAAUGCAGGCCUGCUACCGGGAGGCAGAGAGGAGCCGCAGCCACCUAACCCAGCUAGCAGAACCCUUUGGCUUUCUGAGGGUGCGGAGUCUGGUGUUUGGAGCACAGGACCUUGUACAGCAGCUCAUGGCAUCCGCAGUCACCACCUUCCUCCAACUGGCUGACAAGUGUCUGACAUCGGCUCUGGACUGCAGCCAAGCAGUUGAGCAGCUGGAGAAAGUCAGGGGCCUUGUGCUGAAGAAGUUUACCUCGGACAGUGAGACUGCGCGGUGGAGCUUCACCCGGGACUGGCUGCUGGGAAUCAUCUGGCCUUUCGUGUGGAGCCAGCUCAGGGUGAGCUGUAACCUGGAGCAGUCCGAGGUGGAUGGGGACAUUCUGGCCGUGGGCAGCCAGGUUCUGACCACUGAGGGUGUCUGCAGGGAUGUCAUCCAGGGUCUCUUGUUGCAGAGGAUUGACCGAGGUGUCAGAUACCCUGGAUCUGGAGUCACAGACAGUUGUGAGCUGUGUGAGCUGCCAUGUGGAUUCUGGGAACUGAACCUGAGUCAACCAGAAGAGCAGCCAGUGCUCUUCAUCCCUGAGCUAUUUUCUUCCAAGAAUGGAAGUUUUAAAUGGCUCCGAACUAAAUCCAGAAAUGGGGAACUGGAUGAGCUUCUGACCCUAGAGCUUUUUUUUUUUUUUAAACAAAAUGAAAUAAAGUUUUUAUUUGACUUUUCUAAAUCUGUUUCAACAUUCACAAUAGGAUACAAAUUAAAUUCAAAGUCAUAUGAAAAUGUUUAUCCAUAAAUUACAUGAUGCUAAAAGAAAGAAAACAGUAGAGCGCAGACUGGCAGUACAGAUCAUAAAUAAAAAACAUCAGACCCUAGAGCUUAUACGAAUUCCACCUGCAAUUGAUUUGUGAUGUCUGCAUAGAGCAGCAGUAUUGGGUGGGCUUGCUAAUCUCUUGGCUAGGUGGAAUGCAGGCAUCAUUAGCAAUGUCUGCCCUUGGUGAAGCCUGGACUGAAGUUUCUGAGAGCCAAAAG